GUGGAAGCCGCCGUACAAGUGCAUGGCUCGACCAGCCAGGAGCGUGAGCUCCCCGUGAGGAUGGCCGGUCGUCGAAGUAGUUCCAUCGGCUGUCGCUCUCUGAUCGGCCGUCGGACCUCCGUCUACGUCACUUCCUACGACCCCGUCAAGCUGAUCAUUGAUAUAAAUGGACAAGUGGCUUUAUUCAGAGAUCUACUAAUUCACAUUGGACAGACAAGGGAUUGUCCUGAAUUACGAGAGAAGAUCAGAAAAUUACGGCGAAGUUGCGUUGAAGCCUGCAAGCAUACCAGCCAAUUAAUUCUGCCUCAACUACGCAGCGCCGUUGCGGAGGGAAUUCCAGCCGAUAACCCACAUCUUGUUCUCCUCUUCUUCAUGUCGCAAUUAUUCCUUCGUGAACUCACCAAGUGCCACCGACUAGUUCAAAUUAUUCCCAUGGAUAUGUCCGGAUACUAUGAAAAUAGAGCCGGGCCUUCAAAUUUGGGGAACGUCAUAAGUCAAAUUCUUUUAUGUAAACAAAUAACACCAGACUUCAAUCAAGAAGAAUUGUGCAGUAUUUCAAAAGAUUCUCAAGAAAUCGCGAAGCUUCUGAAGGAAAUGCAAGAGUAUAUGCCUAAACAAGAAAACAAUUUGGAAAAAUCAGUUGCUUUAACAGAGGACCUUACAAGUCAGUGGACCAAUAAACGUCGAAGAAAUUCAUUAUAUAAGAAUAUGGGAUUACUGUGUUGUGUUCGUAGUCCCAAUUAUCUAUGACUAAUUGACGAAGGCGUAACACUUACUUAUAGGAAUCGCAGCUUUGUAUCAGAACAUUGGUUUGGCCAAUUGCUAAAUGCAAUGCCUUCUUCCAUUUUUAUAAAUCGACAUACUCUCACGUACAAUUAUUUGAAAUAAAAAUCCCAAAUAGUUGAUUUUUACAAAACAUCUAGGUAUUCAAUUACUUUGCACUCUAUACUUCUGCCAAUUUUUGCUCAAACGUUUAUUUUUUUUUACAUCAGAAACUCAUUUAAUCACAAUUAAAAUGGGCAAAAAUUUGUACCCUUGGAAAAGAUAAUAUUCUAAUGUCCCGAAUUAUGAUAAUUUUUAAUGGAAGUUAACAGCUGAUUCGUUAAGCAUUGAUGACCUUUCUGGCUAAUGAAAUGUCUUAAUUUGAAUUACGCUGUAUGAUGAUCACAUUUAUUGGUGCAAGUGUUAAAGUUGUAAAAAACGAUUAAAUGUACAUAUAGAAUAGUUUGGAUGUUAAAUAAAUACUCAAACAAUAGAGAAACUUCUCAAUGUACAGGGUGUUUGCAACAAAUGUACAAAAACUUAUCAAAAAAAAUGUAAAUGUAACAUUGGUUGUGAUAUAAAUUCGGCUCAAAAUGUUUUAAGUUACGGUAAUUUUAUAAACACCUUGUGUGUUUAGAUGUCUCUAGAUAUGUAUGUAAUUUGGUAAGUAAAAAAAUUAUGUUAAAUAUGUCCUUAUAAAAUUUGAGAUAACAUCAAACUUCUAUUCCAUAUACGUCCUUGCUGUGUUCAGAAAUAUUGUAUUUGUUGAUGAUAAUAAUUACCGUUGUAGAUGUUAUUGUAAAUAAAUAUUUUUAUUUUAUAUAUUUCUAUAGUCAAAGGAUUGAAAAGUUAUAGCCUGAAAAUUAAGUUUAUUUCAGCAAUAACUGUGGUCAUCAUAAAAGAUUAUGAUCUCAGCUGAGUAAAUGCCGUCAUAUUCUCUUUUAAUUUUCUUGAUUAGUAUUGUAGGAAUAGGAAACUGGUUUAAUGUAUAAUAUUGUAUAGCGAAAAUGCCAAAAUCUGUUUAUUGUGAUUUAACAAAGGUUUAGGGUAAAGAAAAUUUGUGUGGUUUAUUUUUUUAGCCGCUGGUUUAGAUUAUAUAUUUGUUACAAACGGUUUAUUAUCACUGACGAAUAGAUAAAUAUUUUUGCAAGUUUAAUGUUCAUCAAAUUCGAGUUUUAUCUUAGGCCUAACACCAUUGUAAGUAUUUUUGUUGUUAAAUGUAAUAUGAAAACAAAUGACGGAAAUGCGAAACUUUGACAUAGUUUACAGGUUGUAAGUCCAAAGUCAACAACAUUUAAAUGUGUCAACUAGUAUUUUAGGGCUUUACAUGACAAAUAAUUUUUUAUAGUGUCAUAGUGGCCUAGUCAAAUGUGUAUAACCAUCUUGAUGUUUUUUUUUAAAUUGAAUUUAAAAUAACGUUAAGCCAAAUCAAUAUGGUGGCCAAAGUACCAAUUACAUUGUAUUGUAACGUAAACCACGCAGUUAAUCGUUAUUUAGAAAAAGAAAAAAAUACUUGAAUUAAUUGGAUCCAGACAAAUGUUAAAUUAUCGAAUGAUACCAAUGUUAGAAUAAAUCAAGAUUGGUUAGUUACUCACUAGUGAUAACUAUGGUAGGCCAUGGAUCCAUGGAUGUUAAUCUUGUUAAAAAUAUACCAAAAUUGCCUCGAGUUAAAAUUAAAAUUAUUAUUAAAAUUUUACUUUUCUGAAGUAGUCUAGUGUGCCUUUACAUUCCUGUUCUCUUUUUUUUUAAGUUUGGUGUAUUUUUAACAUACUGAUCUUGUUAUGAUCUUCCGAUAACGUUUAGAGAUACUAGUGCUUUAGUUAAUAUUGUAUAGUAGUGACGGCGGUUUUUCGCACACACAUUUAACAAAUUGGCACGUAUAUAUGCUACUCUGAAUCACUUUAAUCCGUCGUCAUUACCCCAAGACCCGGGUUAUUAACAGCGAUCAAACUGAUAACGAAGAAUUCAAGUUUGCUCUUGGUCAAGUGCUCUAAUUUAAUGACUAAUUACUUCUGGAUUUUAAGCAAGAUUAUCUUGUGCGAGAAUAUAAGCACUCAUAUUCACCAAGUAAAGAAAAUAGCAUAAAACGUAGUUUAACUCAGGAAGCAUACAUCAAAAAAAUCUUUUGCUUUCAGUUAUGUUCGACACAGUGAAUAUGAAUGUUGCCGCAGUAAAAUGAUCAAAAAAAUAAAAAAACAAAACUUAAACACUAAAGUGAAUUCUCAUUAUACACCAAUUUAAAAAGCGUACAUAUUUUAUCACAAUACAUUAAUUAAUCGUCGUGAUUCAUUGUUGUCUGUCGGUGUUAGUUAUAGGAAUUAUAGCAUAUUUAUAUACCUAAGUAUUAACUCUAGAAUCUGUGAUAUAGGUGGAAAUAUAACACAUUCCGUCAAUUUAUAAUUAUUAUCUAACCAUAUAUAUUGAGGCAUAUAGUUUACAAUAUUUCUUAUAUAAACUCACUUAUUUCUGUAAAAUCUAGUCAAGCACUUCAUAUG